AUGCCGUCCGAUACAGGGUUACAAACUGCUUCCGCAUAUUCUGAUAAUGCGAGUAGCAGUCAUGAAAGCAAUGCAGAACACUCCAAAAAUAACGAGCUUCUUGACAGCCUCAGACGCAUCCUAGCGGACCAAAGCCAUCUCUUCGCGUGCGGGGGUGAUAUUCCCAUUCGUGAGCUCAAGGUACCAGCUGAAGCUUCUGGUCACUUUGAGCUGCCGUUACUUGCCAGUGAGCGAAAAGAGUCGGAUCCCAUUACGAUCCGGUGGGACCUGAAUGGAACUGCAGACAGCUGUGCCAAAAGCAGUCUGCCACCAGCCCAAGGAGCGGAGACCGGGCUGGAUCGGCUCCUUCAGCAGUGUCGGCCUGCCACCUUCGGUCGUGGUGGUCAAGACAUCUAUGACGAGAUCUAUCGCAAAGCUGUCCAAAUAGACCCAGCUACAUUUUGUACCACAUUUGACCCCUACUCGGCGGGAAUUAUUGACGCCCGAAGCGUACGUGCCGAGCUGUACAAACUCAAUGGCGGCCAUCUAAAAGUCCGCCACAAGGGGCAGGAGAUGACAUUUGACUGGAGUGCCAACAGAGAAAACACGACUGAUCACGCUAAAAUUCGCUGGGCGGCUUUUUACAGCGAUUGCGAGCAUGAGGUCCUCGAGGUCAUCAGCGGCCAUCGGCUUACCUUAACAUACAACCUAUAUGCCGUCCGCGGUGCCGGGCGCCUGACCGGUGUAUCUCCGACUUUGAACCCAGCCUAUCUGCCCCUGUGUCAGGCCCUGAAAGGGAUACUGUCUCAAGAUCCCUUCAAUGGCCGAGGCGGUAAAAUGGGCUUCUGGUGCUCGCAUGCCUACGCCUACAAUCACACUAUGGAGACGCCCCUCCCAGCCACAUUGAAGGGUGUUGAUGCGGUACUUUGGGAAAGCUUUCAAACCCUGAACCUUGAUCCUAAAAUCGCACCGGUCAUCAGAAUGAGCGAAGACACCCGAGAGAUGUUCUCCGAAUGGUACGACGAUCCUGAGCGCCAUAUAUACCCUUGGUCCAUACGUCUCCGGGACAAGCUACCGUCUACGAUGCCAUCCGAAUUUAUCAUCGGAUACAAGUUCGGCGUCCAUAUCGAUCGGGAAUACCAGACAGAAUCAAUCGAGGAGUAUCACGACGCCUAUCAGCGAUGGGGUUCCUACAGUCGCGAACCAGUUCACUGGCUUACGAAACCGAUAGAGUCUGAAUUGCAAUUAGUGUACACCGCAUAUGGCAACCAAGCGAUCGCGGAAGCCAUGUACUCCUACUGUGCAAUUCUCGUGGAUGUUCCUCCGUAUAAAUAG